GACCGACGGGUAACGGCAUCACAUCCUUUCUUCCAAUUCAAGAAACUCUCUUCCAUUUCCCGAGGGACGAGGAGUGUACACUGGAGAAAAAAAAUGGCGUCCACAAGAUUAAAUCAUCACCUGAAAUUGAAUCAUUGAGCUUAUCCCAUUUCCAAUUUCAUCACUGCAGUUCCGGUUUCAACGAUGGCGUUCCGAUUAGGAGCUUGUUCACGCGCCACCGUCGCCUCUCGUUUUCCCCAACUCAAUCACAACAACUUUCUCAUUCUCCCUCUCGAACGAGAAAUUGAGAUUCGGCGGGUGAGAGGCACGAGGAGACUGAGAAUUAGGGUUUCGGAUGGAGGCGAAUCGUAUCUCGGGAUGUGGAAGAACGCGGUGGAGCGUCAGCGGAAAGCCAUUGAGUUUCAGAAAGUUGUGGAAAAUACUGUUGGAAAUGACGAUCGCAAUGGCGGUGAUCGAAGUGCUGGUCAGUUGGAGAAGAAGAGCGAGGAGUUCAGUAAGAUUCUUCAGGUCCCGAACGAGGAGAGGGAUCGGAUUCAGCGGAUGCAGGUCAUUCAUCGAGCUGCUGCCGCCAUUGCCGCUGCUCGUGCACUUGUUGGUGAGACUGGAAUGGUAGCUGUGGGAGACUCGAGUUCGCGUGAUUCGAAUAUUUCUCCGAAUUUGAAUAGUAGUAAUGACGGUGGACUGCUCGAUCGUGAAGAAGAAUUAUCUGAAUUUCAAACUGAGAACACCUUGCUACCUGAGUCUGAAACUUCACAAACUGGGACCCCUGGUCCAGAUUUCUGGUCUUGGACACCCCCUCCAGAUAAUGAUGGGAAUGGUAAUGCUUCCAAUGAGCUGCGACCAAUUGGGAAAUCACAGGCAUAUCCAAUGUUAUCCAAUUUUGUUGAGGAGAAAGAGCCACCGAUUGGCUUUCUCUCAAUUCCGUUUCAGAGUGAAAUAUCUGAAAACGUCAAAUCUCUUCUACCACCCUUUCAGUCAUUGGUGGGUAUUGAAAAAUUAGAAUCAUCAGAAACCAGAACAGAGACACAUUCCUUGGAAGAAGAUGAAAAUGUUGGGAUAGAGUUUUCGGUAUUUGCAGCAGAAGCAUCACAGGCCCUUAAUAGUACAGAUAAGGAAUCAACAAAAGGAAUAGAUCCAGAUGGGUCACGAUGGUGGAAGGAGACGGGAGUUGAGCGGAGACCUGAUGGUGUGAUUUGCAAGUGGACAAUAACGAGGGGAGUUAGUGCAGACCUAGCCACUGAGUGGCAGAACAAAUAUUGGGAAGCUGCUGAUGAGUUUGGCUAUAAGGAACUUGGUUCAGAGAAAUCUGGUCGUGAUGCCUACGGAAAUGUUUGGCGUGAAUAUUGGAGAGAAUCUAUGCGGCAGGAACAAGGUCUUGUUCAUCUGGAAAAAACUGCAGACAAGUGGGGGAUAAAUGGAAGUGGCACGGAGUGGCAAGAGAAAUGGUGGGAAUACUAUAAUACCUCUGGCCAAGCUGAAAAGAAUGCUCAUAAAUGGUGUAAAAUUGAUCCGAACACAUACGUUGAUCCCGGUCAUGCUCAUAUCUGGCAUGAAAGAUGGGGUGAAAAGUAUGAUGGACAAGGUGGCAGCAUUAAGUACACAGAUAAAUGGGCUGAACGAUGUGAAGGUGAUGGAUGGACGAAGUGGGGCGACAAAUGGGAUGAAAACUUUGAUCCGAAUGGUCAUGGUGUCAAACAGGGGGAAACUUGGUGGGAAGGUAAACAUGGAGAACGGUGGAACCGUACAUGGGGCGAGGGCCACAAUGGUUCGGGCUGGGUUCACAAGUAUGGAAAGAGCAGCAGUGGGGAGCAUUGGGACACACAUGCUCAGCAGGAAACCUGGUAUGAGAGAUUCCCACACUUUGGCUUUUAUCACUGCUUCAACAAUUCAGUCCAGCUCCGGGAAGUUCAGCCACCAUCUGAGACGGCUUUGUAAGUCUUCUCUUUCUUACUGCCAAGUGAUUAUAAAAGCUUGUAGUGUAGGCCAUUUUGAAGAAAAUAGAAUGCUUGAUCAGGAUUGAUACCGUUUUCCUGGCAUUGUACAUGUAAUAAAGAAAACUGCACAACAUAUUCCUAGUCCACGGUGAUAUUAGGAAACCUUUUAAGUCAAUAAAUUAGCUUGCUUUCUUUA